AUGGCGUAUUUCCGUGAUUAUGGAAUUUACUUACUCUUUCCUCUGCUGGUUAAGUUUCACGGAUCAGGGCUGAGAAUAUUAUUUUUAUGGUUGUCUAUUUUAGGGGGUGUGGAUGUGCAUUUCACCCAGAAACCUUCUAAUCCAAGCUACUUUAACAAUGGUAGUGAUGCCAACCUGGUGUGGGACUACACUGAUCCAAGUAAUAAAGUUUGGCGCAUUAUCUACAGGGUUCUGGUAAAUGGUACUUAUGUCAGAAUGAUUUUUAGAGACAAUAGUGGUGUCCGAGAACAUCCUGACACCCCUCAAUCUUACAAAGGAAGAGUAGGAAUUGAAGGAAGAGCUACCCUGGUUAUCAAGAACAUCAACCCUCAAGACAGUACCGAAUUUCAAUGUCAACUCACAGGAAGCAUUGUCAAUUCAGUGAAAGAUAAAGUUCAGCUUAUUGUGGCGGAGGCACCACUCAUAAACCUACUUUUAGGAGGAAAACAUUACAUUGAAGGAUCUCCUGUCACCAUAGACUGUAAAGCGUCUGGGAAACCACUGCCAAAUGUAGCAUGGAUUAGAAAUGGAGUAUUGAAAAGUUCAGGAAAAGGAAAUGCGUUUUUAAAGUUCAAUAAUAUAAACAGAACAGAUGCAGGACAAUAUACAUGUCAAGCCAAUAACUCAGUGGAAGUCACUUCCGUUAACACAACAAUUCUAGUACACUACAAACCUGAAGGUGUGAGGCUCACCACCAAUGCUUCAAAAAAUACUGUCACUGAAGGAGACACAGUUACAUUCAAGUGUACAGUUAUGGCUGCUGUGCCACAAGUGUCAAUUUACAAGUUCUAUUUCAAUGGCCGCCACCUAAGAAAUAACAGCAACAGUGAGUAUACUCUCAAUAACGUCAACCAAUCUCAGCACCAUGGUGAGUACAAAUGUAUCCCACAUAAUGAUGCUGGAGAUGGAGCAGAAGCCACUGUGAGACUUGACAUAAAUGUUCCUGUCCAGUUCACAGAAGUGCCACAGAAUAUAACAAUUAAUAUGUCAACUCCUCUGUUUUUGAGCUGUGAUGCCUCUGGUUUUCCUGAACCUAUGAUAAGAUGGGAAAAAUCUGGGAUUAAGUUGUCAGACACCAAACAGUUGAACAUUCCCAGUAGUAACAAGAACGAUGCAGGAGAAUAUGUUUGCAUCGCAAGAAAUGGAGUGAGACAGGAAAAGACAGUAAGAGCUUAUGUCACUGUGCAAUACCCGCCCACAAUUCAAAAUGUCACUACGUCAUCUAAGAAAUCUUGGAUUGGCCAGACAGUGACUUUGAAGUGUCUUUCUGAUGGUGUUCCUACACCAACACUCUCUUGGUACAAACCUGAAGGAAGUGAAAUAAACAGAGUCACAGCCAGAGAAAACAAAGUACAAGUUCCACUCAGGGGUGAUCAAGAUUUUGGUCAUUACAAGUGCAUUGCUGCCAAUGGACUUAUUCCAUCUGAUGAGGAGUUAAUAAAGAUAAAUCAGAUAAAGAAACCAGGGAAAGCAUCCAUCAAAUCAUCAGACAUUCAAGCCACUUUUAUAACAAUACGGUGGACUGCGCCAACUGAUGAUGGAGGAAGUCCGAUUACAGGAUACCGACUGAUCUUACAAAAGGGUGAAACUGAGAUAGGAAAUUAUAGUAUCACCGAUCCUGGGACGACAACUUAUUCGUUUCGUGGGUUGAAGAAAUAUACCAACUACACGGUGAAAUUGUUUUCCAGAAAUUUUGUAUUCGAGGGAGAUCCUACUGUAAGGACAAUGAAGACCAAAUUUGAAGGAGCCCCUGAUGUGGUCGAAAUAGACGUACUGCCAGAUGAAACAACAGAUGAUACAAUUACCCUAAGGUGGAAGGAGCCAGAAAGUAAUGGGAAAAAUAUUACCAUGUAUACAGUGUACCAAAGAGUAGUGACUGAUGGGAAAGUGGGACAGUGGACAGAAAGAAAGAAAAUCAGAGAUGUCUCUGCGAGAGAAUUGAAAAUAACGUUGGAGAGAGGAAAGGUGUAUCAGUUUGCCAUUACUGCAACUAAUGAGCUUGGUGAAAGCCUGAAGCAAGAGGAAUCAAAUAUCCAGGAAGUCAAGGCAGAUGGAAAACCAAGUCCCACCAAUGGUUCCCAGAGUAGUGCAGAUAAUGAAAUGGACACUGCUAUAUAUGCUGGAGCAGCUGCGGCCGGUGUUCUGCUUAUUAUUGGUGUAAUCGUAAUCAUUAUUCUGUGGAAACGAAGAAAGGUUUCAAGUCGCGAAAAUGAUGAAAUGCAAAUGAAUGGGCUGGGUAGUGCUAAUCAUUAUGAAGUUGACGAUGGAUAUCAGGAGGCUGCUGCGAGUCUUCAAGCCUCGGCUCCUGAGGCUGAGGCUAACUAUGCACAGGUGGAUAUGACGAAAAAGAAGAAGAAUAGACGGCCACUAGCUGAUGAAUAUGCCCAAGUGGACAAGUCGAAAAAGACAAAGAAGAGACCCAAGAGACCCGGGGAGCUUGAUUAUGCUGAGUUGGAUGAGUUUAGAAGACAUGACGCCGGGCAUGCCCCUGGACCAUCUGGUGCUAGUGCAGCUGCAGUUGUUCGUCCUCCAGCGUACGAAGGAACUGAAUACGCUGACAUAACACAGUUUGGUGUCCCUCAGCCUGAUCCUACAUAUGCUAACGUUUCUGGAGGGGACGUAACGUAUUCUAAUAUGCAGAGCAUGUGAGUUUUUCCGAAAACCACAAAACCUUGUAAACUUUGUCAGUCUCAUUCUAUCACACUUGGCUGACUUUGAAGUACAGUAUUGGACGGUCCGCACUCUGUCACACAAACCUUAAAAGAAUAUCUGGCUGACAGAUAUUGUUAUCUUUAGCUGUCUUUGUUUAGUAUUUUUUCUUUAUCAUUUACCACUUUUCACUUAAUAUGGUUUGGGUAAUGCUGCUGUUAAAUUCUGAGGGGAAAGUUUGGGCUCAGCCGUAUUCAGUAACGGCAUUGUCGUUAUUGUUUAAUUACUAUCAAUUUUAAGUUUUCGAAAUAAAAACGCCACGUGUUUUAAUAUAUAUUUGAGCAGACUAUAGCUGUCGAAUGUCUUCGUUUCCUUUAGACUUCGCACAUAAAGUGGAAGAGUUGAUCAAUUGUAGUUAAGAGUCCACAUUAUUUUUUCUACUGAAAUUUUCCGUUUCUAUUUACUUAUUCAGAGCUUGAGACCUGAAGUUAGUGACUGUUUAGUGUGAGAGGAAAGACCGUCCAAGACUUCAACUUUAAUCUGUCUGUACCGCACCGUAAACUUUACCGUCUUAGUCAAAAUAGCAAUAGGUUAAACAUAUUAAAUUUUAAGAGACGUUUCCACUAAAGAGUCGCUCGUGUAGUCGCCUAGUUCUCAUUAAAGCAGGUGCACGUUGUGCCAUUAUAAUCUUUAUUUUUGUCAAAAGUGAGAUAUAUACAUCACCUCUGAUUUAGUUAAUAAGAAUUUUAAAAUUUACAUAUAUAUUUAGUAGAUUUGCGAAGAAGUUAAUGUAAGUGGAUGUAGAUUAAAUUAAGAGACGUUUCCACUGAAGAGUCACUCGUGUAGUCGCCUAGUUCUUAUUAAAGCAGGUGCACGUUGUGCCAUGAUCUUUAUUUUUGUCAGUAGUGAGAUAUAUACAUCGCCUCUCAUCAAGCUAGGAAGAAUUUUAAAAUUUACAUAUAUUUUUAGUAGAUUUGCAAAGAAGUUAUUGUAAAUUAAUGUUUUUGUAAUACCCUUGACUAUAUAGCAUGUGCAAUCGUGAGAGGUUGAUUAGUUACUGACUAUGACGACGAUAGUCUUUGUAUUUUGUAUUUUUUAUAUAGAGUUUAAAUGACAAUUUUUAUAAUAGAUGAUAAUUUUGUAACUUUCAAAUAUGGUUCCGCCAUAGGCUACUCAGGCAAUUCUUGUCUUUUGUUAGUGAAAUCCAUCAAAUUUUUAGAGAGUGAUUUAAGAAGAGUUUAUAUAGAGUUUACAUGACAAUUUUUACAAUAGAUUAUAAUUAUGUAACUUUCAAAUAUGGUUCCGCUAUAGGCUACUCAAGCAAUUGUUAUCUUUUGUAAGUGAAAUCGAUCAAAUUUGUUUAGAGUGAUUUAAGAAUUAGAUAAUUUGCUAUAUUUGCUGAAUAGUUGGCUUUGCUUAUUUUAAUGCCGAGAAAUGACUGUAUUUUUACAUUUGACAUAGCACAAAUAAAAUAUGAAUGAAUUUAUAAAUUGUUCAUUGUGCAACUACAAA